AUACCAGUGUUCAAAUACAAAUGCUUUCUAGAUCAUUACAAAGAACUGCCGUUAGAUUCAACAGUACUGUUUCCAAGUCUGCUCCUCGUGCAUUAUCUAAUGCUUAUGUUAGCAAGUUGGAAGAAAGAUGGACCCACUUGGCUCAACAAGACCAACAAGCAUUGAUACAAGAAUUAAAGGCAAGAAUGGAAUUACCAUGGGGUGAAUUGACCAGUGCUGAAAAGAAGGCUGCUUACUACAUCUCUUUUGGUUCCUGGGGUCCAAGAAAACCAAUGUAUAAUCCUGGUGAUAAAUCCAAGAUUUUCUGGACUGUUACUGGUACUGUGGUUGCUUCCAUCAUUGCCUUUAUUGGAAUACGUUCCUUGGCUGCUCCUCCUCCACACACUAACACUAGAGAAUGGCAAGAAGCUUCUGAUGAAUACUUGAAGUCCAAGAAUGCCAACCCAUUCUCUGGUUACUCCCAAAUUCAAUAGGUGUACUACUAUAUUACUACCACUAUAUCACUACUGCUAUACUACACUUGACACACAUUCCAUCGCAUGAACUCAGUUACGUACAGUUUCAUCAGACUUCCAUUCUCUCUUUUUUUUUAUAUAUAUUUUAGGGAAUGCAAGUUCCUUUAGGCAAUCACUUUGCAAUUUUAUAUAAUAAAACAUAUGAACU